CACCCAAACUGUCUCAAAGAAGAGUCUGGCUGAAUCUGCAUUUAGACCUGCAAGAAUGGAUCAAUAAAGCUCUCGCAGAAACCUGAGCAUCUGCUUUUCUCCUCCCAGUGGAUUCUGAGCUCGAGUAACACGUAAGCACUAAACACAGACUGACACAUUACAGCUAAAGACAACAUGGGGACAGAUUUAGCCUACAACUUUGUCUUCAAAGUGGUUUUAAUUGGAGAAUCAGGGGUUGGAAAGAGCAACCUGCUGUCAAGGUUUACCAAAAACGAGUUCAACCAUGACAGUCGCACCACUAUUGGCGUGGAGUUCAGCACUCGCUCUGUUCAGGUGGACAGUAUCACCAUCAAAGCCCAGAUCUGGGACACUGCGGGUCUAGAGCGCUACAGAGCCAUCACCUCAGCGUAUUACAGAGGAGCGGUGGGUGCGCUGCUGGUUUAUGACAUCACCAAACACCUGACCUAUGAGAGCGUGGAGCGCUGGCUGAAGGAACUGUAUGAUCACGCUGAUCCUCAUAUCGUGGUCAUGCUGGUAGGCAAUAAAAAUGACCUGACAACUGUGCGCACUGUACCCACAGAGGAGGCUAAAGACUUUGCAGAUGCCAAUGGCUUACUUUUUAUGGAGACCUCUGCUUUAGAGUCGACUAAUGUUGAAUCUGCUUUCCUCGAAGUUCUAACAGCGAUACACCAGAAAGUUGCUAGUAAAGAAGUGACCAGAGGCUCGAUCAGCGCAGUGACUCUCGGACAGACGCACGGUCCAUCCAGGGAAUUCCAGGAGAACCGAAGCUGCUGCAGAAACUCCUAAACACACUAGAGGACAUCCUGACAAAUCACCAUCACCAGCACAAAACAAAGACUUUUAAUGAUGACAGAGGUCACGAAGGCAUUUCUUCAUACUUGAGCCUGACUGGAUGUCAUAUCAGUGAGUGAAACAGAGAGACCGUCAGCAUUAAAAAUAUUAUUUCUUUUAAAAUGAGACGCUCUAGGUGAAGAGGGUUAAAAUUGAUUUAUUUGAUUGAUAACAUUAUAUAUUUAAUGAGUAUUUUCUAAAAUGUUUAUUUAAUUAAUUAAAUAUGCAUUCAUUUGGAUACAUUCUAGCACAAAAAUCUGAACAUAGAAAAAAAGAAUUUUAAGAAAUUGGAAUUUAAAAUGAUGUACAAUUGUUAUUUAUAGACUAUAAAAGUGUAAAGAAAUUUUAGACUCUAAAAAUAACUGAUAUUUAUAGAUUAAUAAAGUGCAACAAAAUAAAUACUUUAAAGUGUAUUUUGGAUGUAUUAUUUCCUAUUAUUUUGCUAAAAGAAAGAAAAAAACACUUUUCAAAACACCAAAAUUUC